AUGACGGUGGAUGAUGAGGAAAUGGCGACUUCGGCAAUGGCGGCGAUGGUUUCAUCGGGUAAUGUGGAUGAAUUCUUUUCCGAUGAUGGUAUGACGGAGAAUGUGGAUGCGGAAGUGACAUCACCCAUGGAUUUACAAUAUUCACGAAAAUUUCGGAAAAAUGGUAGUAUAGAACUUGAUCCUAAUCGUUUUCAACAAAUAAUUGAGGAAGCUUUAAUCAGAUGGUAA